AUGACGCAUGAUGGCAAUUUGAUGAAGUUAUUGCAACUUCGUACUGAGGAGGAUCCUGGACUUGAAAGGUGGCUAAAGAAUCAGCAUUACAUGUCGCCUGAGAUAGUAAACAAAUUAAUUGCUGUUCUUGGCAAGGAGUUGCUUCAGCGGUUACUGGAGAAUAUUAGAGACACGUCCUGGUUUGCUAUAAUAGCAGAUAAAACUACGGAUAUUGCUAAGCUCGAGCAGCUUUCUAUUUCUAUUCGAUGGGUCAGGAAAACUUAUGAGGUCAAUGAAGACUUCGUUGGUCUUAUACAUGUUCCUUAUAUAACUGCUGCUACGUUAACAGAUGCUAUUAAGGAUGUCCUCAUACGCUGUCAACUGCGACUUUCACAAUGCAGGGGCCAAGCAUAUGAUGGUGCCUCAAAUAUGAUGGGGCGAUUGCGUGGUGUUGCAACUCAGAUACAAGUCACAGAAGCAGCAGUAAUUCCAGUCCACUGCCUUUCACAUUGCCUUAAUCUGUGCUUGCAAGAUGCUGCAAGAAAAUGCCAACCUAUCAGGAAUGCUCUGAAUAUUGUAAUGGACAUCUGCCAGCUGAUUAAAUUUUCUCCAAAGCGAUCUUUUGUCUUCCUGACAUGCAAAGAUGGCUUGCCCAUUCCUGGAACAGCACUAGUUGAAAUUAUGGGAGCGAUCAGCAGGGUAUCACAUGAUGACUGUGGUUGCAGAGCUGGAGGAAUAUUGGCAAUUCUUGAACGUUUUGAUACAUUCUUUGGCUUGAAGUUUGCUCAUUUGGUAUUUGGUGCAACUGAGCAAACAUCUAUAGCAUUGCAAGGAAAAGACACAACUGUUCAAGAAGCUGUGCUGCUAGCAUGGCAAAAUCUUUUGUGUGCAGACAAAGAAAUGGCCUUGCCUUUGAGCAAUUUUUAUUCAACAAUGGUGGUUCAUUCAAAUAAUUAUGCAAGUGAAGCAGUGCUGCCGAGGUACAAGAGGAUUCCACAUUGUUUAGAUGAUGGUUCUGAGCCUCAUCGGUUCACUAAUCCAAAAGAAUAUUAUCGAGUUUAG